GUAUAUGUCGGUUCAGUGUGUUUGUGACAUGGUGUCGCUGGCGUAUGUUGUGCUAGCGGAGAUGUAGCAUUAGCAGCAGCGGAGGGGGCAGCCUGCGUGUGUGUGUGUGUCUGGGAGAGUAUGUGUGUUGGUUAGAAUGCUCAGAGAGAGCUGUGUGUGUGUGAGUGUGUGUGAGUCGUCAGAGGGGAGGGGAGCCUCCAAGCGCAGUAGCGGUAACAGCAGCAGGGCUAGCAGCAGCAUCGUCGCCAGUGUGUGUGUGAGUGUGUGUGAGUGGGCGUGUGUGUGUGAGGGGUGGAGGGGAGCGGAGAGGGACUCCCAGGAGAAGGAGUCUUGGUCGGGGUGUAGAGCCAGCCUCUCUCCCUCUCCUCCACAGCAGGACCUGGACUUCCAGAGCCAGGGGACUAGGUGGAUCUGUAGCCCAGCCUGGAGCACUGGAAGCUGGGGAGCUCUCUCCCCCUCUCUGGAGGGCUGUUCGGUGGGAGCGGGAGCUCAGGAUAUGUGUGACUCAGGGGGACUGCAAGACGGAUCUGAGAGACAGCAACGGGGAAGAUUCCGUUACCUCUAACCGUUAACACUACUGCUCCUGCCUUGGAGAGGACGAGGAGGAGAGGAAAAGAGGGGUGAAGGGAGGGGAACAGGGGGACUUUGUGUUUGCUGUAACAGAGGAAAAGACAGAAGGAUUUAGAGGUGGAGGGUAGGAAGAGUGAUCUCUCGUCCCAUGACAUUCCCUCAGGGUUUGCUUUGGGACCUUUGACUGUUGGUCGAUUGGACAGACAGUGGCACUUAUCUUACAACCUGUCACUGUAACAACUGUCAGGUUGUUGCUGGGUUACUGUCCCCUUGGCGACCCGACCAUGUCGGUGACCACAGGCUUCAGCUACCAGCUGCCUGGCAUCACCACUGUAACCUAUGUGUUUGUUUACAGCCCGGGCACGGUACAGCGGGACCCCAGCCCCCCCACCCACACCCCCCCUGCCAUUACCGGUGCCAGCGGGCCCAAGCGGAAACUCUACAGCGCCGUGCCGGGACGCACCUUCAUUGUGGUCAAACCGUACACGCCACAGGGCGAUGGAGAGAUCCAGCUGAACCGUGGAGAGAGGGUCAAAGUGUUGAGUAUAGGAGAAGGAGGCUUCUGGGAGGGCACGGUCAAGGGGAGAACAGGCUGGUUCCCUGCCGACUGUGUGGAGGAGGUUCAGAUGAGACAGUACGACCCUCGGCUAGAGACAAGAGAGGACCGCACAAAGAGACUGUUCAGACACUACACUGUGGGAUCCUAUGACAACCUCUCCUCAUACAGUGAUUACAUCAUAGAGGAGAAGAAUGCUAUGCUGCAGAAGAAAGAAAACGAAGGAUUCGGCUUCGUCCUACGGGGAGCCAAAGCUGAGACACCCAUUGAGGAGUUCACCCCAACACCAGCAUUCCCUGCCCUCCAGUACCUGGAGUCUGUCGAUGUGGAGGGAGUGGCCUGGAGGGCAGGGCUUAGGACAGGAGACUUCCUCAUAGAGGUGCACGGGGUGAACGUGGUGAAGGUGGGCCAUAAGCAAGUGGUGUCUCUGAUUAGACAGGGGGGCAACAGCCUGCUGAUGAAGGUGGUCUCUGUCACACGCAAACCUGAGUCUGAGGAGGUAGUCCGCAAGAAAGCUCCCCCGCCACCCAAAAGAGCCCCCAGCACCACCUUGACGCUGCGCUCCAAGUCCAUGACUGCCGAACUGGAGGAACUGGCUUCUGUCCGGAGGAGGAGAGGAGAAAGGCUAGAUGAGAUGCUAGCGCCCCAGGAGCAUUUGACGUUACGUUCCCAGCCCACAGAGGCCGACUACAGAGCUGCUACUGUCAAACAGAGACCUACCGGCAGGAGAAUCACAUCAGCAGAGAUCAGUUCGCUGUUUGAGAGGCAGGGCAUGGCACUACAUGGUGGGCUCCACCCAGGGAUAGAGAGGGCUCAUAUGCAGCUGCCUAGAGGGAUGUCCAGGACCAAGUCAUUUGGUGCGACUGAGGAGGACCGACUGUCGGCUUUGGCUGGAGAACACCGUUUCCCCCGGAGCUCUUCCAUGACUGACAGCCUCCGAGACCACUCCCACUCCCAUUCUAUCCCGCCCCCUCCCCAGACUGCCCCCCCUCCUCCCCCCUCUCUCUACUACCUGGACACUGGCCCUCCCCCCUCCUUCUGCCCCCCUCCUCCCCCUGCCAGGGGUCAAGGUCAAGGUCAUGAUCCUGGAGGUCGUUCCAGCUUCAAGCCCUCCUCCCUGGACCUGGACCGGCCCUACGACCCAUCGCACCGCCAAUCCUCCCAUCUCGAACGCCAGAAGAAGACAAGGUCAAUGAUAAUUCUACAAGACUCCUCCCACUUACCCGUGGAGCCCACCGACAUCCCCCGCCCCUCUGCCUCUGCUACACCACCCGAGCGAAUUAAAAGGAAAGGACGGGUGAUUGACAACCCGUACGCCAAUGUGGGCCAGUUUAGUAUUGGGUUGUACACGCCCACCAAGCCCCAGCGCAAGAAGAGCCCUCUGGUGAAACAGCUACAGGUGGAGGACGCUCAGGAGAGAGCCAGCAUCGCCUUGGCUGCCGCCCACUCCCGAGAGCCCUCCCCCUCAGGUCGACACCCACACACCCACGGCCACACACACACCAGCCGGGCCGACUACUACCAGCAGCAGCUGAUGGUGGAGCGCGAGCGUAUGCGUCUCCAGGGAGAGGCCCUGCUGCAGGGGAAAGGGCCGUUCGCUGCCGCUAUCGCCGGCGCUGUGAAGGACCGAGAGCGCCGUCUAGAGGAACGGAGGAAAUCAACAGUCUUCCUGUCGGUGGGGACCAUGGAGGGGGGGUCUGGGUCUGUCCCUGAGGCCCCCUCCUACACCACAUCUCGCUCCAUCGAUGAGCGCCUGCUCAGCAGAGAAUUUGGCCAGCUGCCACCCCCUGCCCUGGCCCUGCGUCCCUCACCUGGUGGCACUACCUUCAUCCACCCACUCACAGGGAAGCCCCUGGAUCCUAACUCGCCCCUGGCUCUUGCGCUGGCCGCAAGAGAGCGGGCACUUACCUCCCAGACCCAGUCCCCCGCCAGCAGCCCUGAGCCCAGGACUAAACAGGAAAGGGCUGGGGCUGGGGCUGGAAGUCAGGGGGCUUCGCUCUUCAUCGACAGCCAGACCAAAGAGCCUCAGCAUGGGGAUGGGAGUCCGGGGUCACCCCAGGCUGGUAAACCCCAGUGGGGAGCAUCCUCACCCACCUUGCUUCGCCAGGAGAUGGAGGGAAGAGUAGAGGAGAGGAAGGAGGAGCGGAGAACGGAGGAUAAGAAGAGUUUGUUGAUCAGUAUCAUGGACACAUCCCAACAGAAGACGGCUGGACUAAUCAUGGUCCAUGCCACCAGUAACGGCCAGGCAGUGGGGCUGGAACCAGGGCUGGAGCAGACCCCCACCUCCACAGCCACCGAGCCCAGUAAACUCUCCCUCAGUCGGGUUCCAUCGCCCAGCCCUUCUGCCUCUCAGCCCCAGGCCCAGCCCCAGGCCCAGCACCAGGCCCAGCACCCCUCCAGCCCAGCCCAGGCUACCUUGGCCCAGGGCAGUUCAGAGGAAGAUGUGGAGCCCUACACAGUGAACCUACCUCCAGCCAUGCUGUCCUCAAGUGAUGAGGAGACCAGAGAGGAGCUGAAGAAGAUCGGGGUGCUCCCACCUCCGGAUGAGUUUGCCAACGGGUUGUUGGCCAAGGCACAAGCACUGGAACAAGCCCAAGCCCAAGCCCAAGCCCAGGGGACCCCUGUACCCCAGUCUAAAUCCGUCACAUCUCCCACAACAUCUACCACCCCUACUCCCCUCACCCCUUCCACCACCACCCCAACCCCCAGCCUGACCCCCACCCAGCCUCAGGGCCCUCCUCUCCAGCCUUCCCCCGGAGGAGCAGUCGUCUCAGGGAAGCCCUCGGACCCGGACCAGCCCCAUCCUCCAGCCCUGCUGGCUGAGUCUGGUUCAGCAGCAGACUCUGGUGUGGAGGAGGCAGACACACGCAGCUCCAGUGAGAGAGAGCGAGACCACCACCUGGAGACCACCAGCACCGUGUCCACCGUCUCCAGCAUGUCCACUCUGUCCUCGGAGAGUGGUGAGCCCGCCGAUACACAUACCUCCUAUGCCGACGGGCAGACCUUUGUGCUCGACAAGCCACCAGUGCCUCCCAAGCCCAGGCUAAAAUCCCACAUCGGAAGCAGUAAAGGCCCGGUAACCUUCAGGGACCCGUUGCUAAAGCAGAGCUCUGACAGUGAGCUGUUAUCCCAGCAGCAGGCAGCUGCUCUUGCUGCAGCAGCGGCCGGAGGGGCAGGGCUGGGGCAUGGAGGCCUUGGGUCUGGAGGCCUUGGGUCUGGAGGCCUGGGGUCAGGCUCUAUAUCUGGUCUGGUGGGAGGCCCUGGGAGGCCCCGCUACCUAUUCCAGAGGAGGUCCAAGCUGUGGGGGGACCAGAUGGAGGCGCGAGGACCCGGGGUGGGGUUAGGGAUGGGGAGUCUUGGCAGUCUAGGGGGGUUGGGGCUAGGGCUGGGGGGUGAGGAGGGAGGCAAACCAUCGGUGAUUGGGGAACUGAGUUCCAGACUGCAGCAGCUGAAUAAGGAUACCAGGUCUCUGGGGGAGGAGGAGCCACUGGGGGCAUCGCUGGACCCUGGGAGGAAGUCCCCUGUGACAGGCGCCAGACUUUUCAGCAGUCUAGGAGAGCUCCACACCAUUUCCCAGAGAAGCUACGGCACUUCCUACACCAUCCGGCCCGGCAGCCGCUACCCCAUAACACGCCGAAUCCCAAGCCCCGGCUCGGGCUCCCCAGAUCGGGGUGACCCCCUAAGUCGACUCCCAGGCUUCGGCUUACCCAUUUCGCCCACCACGCCGCCCCACACCAUCCUCAAGUCAUCCAGCCUCAGCCUGCCCCAUGAGCCCAAAGAAGUGCGCUUUGUUAUGAGGAGCUCCAGCGCCCGGUCCCGCUCCCCGUCUCCCUCUCACUCUCCUGGGUUGGGCUCGCCCCUCCUGGCCCUCAGGCCCUUCCACCAGAAGCCCCUCCACCUGUGGAACAAGUACGACGUUGGAGACUGGCUGGAGAGCAUCCACCUGGGGGAGCACAGGGCCGGCUUUCAGGAGCAUGAGAUUGAGGGCUCGCACCUGCCAGCACUCACCAAGGACGACUUUGCUGAGCUGGGGGUGACGCGGGUGGGACACCGCAUGAACAUCGAACGAGCACUCAAACAGCUGCUGGAGAGCUGACCCCUGCCCUGAGAGAGAGAGAGAGAGAGAGAGAGAGAAAGAAAGAAAGAGGGAGAGAGAAAAAUGGAUAGACCACCCCAGUUUUAAACUCCAUUUUAGGUCGCUGCUUUUCAUUUAUUUUUAUUCUGAUGUGUCUGAAAGUUUCAGUGAUUGCGUUCAUAUGCAGCUCUCAGCACUGCACUGAAUUAUGAAGUCCCUCCCCCAUCUCACAACCUAUCAGAUGAGUCCUCUGAAAGAGGCACAUAAACUCUUUGCAGAACAGAAUCUCGCAUGAGCUCCGAUUAGAACAUUUGAUUUGUGACUGCUUGAGUUGCUCCUUUAGUCACACCUUUAACCUACCCACAGACCUUUCCUUCACUGUGCCGUUCUUCUUCUCCCUGUACCUCCAUCUCUUUCCCUCCUGUUCAUUUUUUGCCUCUGAAGGAUCCCCAGUUUGUGUGAAGAAGAGGAGGAUGAAUCUCGUUCCAAACGGAAAGUUCAGUUGCCUUUCAAAAUAUUCUUACAGAGAUCAGCUACGUUGAACACAGGAGUAAAGACGCAGUAUUGACCUAGUAUUGACAUAGAACUGACAUACUGAUACAGUACUGACCUAGUUUUGGCAUAGAACUGACAUACUGAUACAGUACUGACCUAGUAUUGACAUAGAACUGACAUACUGAUACAGUACUGACACAGGCCUCUCUCCACUCUGCCUGGCAUUGUGUUCAACACUUGUGCCCAGAGACAGAGUUUGGUGUUGGAGACCACGUGGGGAGAACUCAUCUAUCCUGGGACUGUCUCACGGACUGACUGUGCUAUCUAUUAUAUUUUGAGAAUGUUUAACCAACACUAGUGGCUUUUUUCAUAAUCAAAACAUUUGCUUUGGGUUUCCAAAGGGAAUAUUAUAAAUAUAUAUAAUAUAAAUGUAUUUAAAUAGCUUUGAGGGGGGGGGACGACAGAACGUUGAAAAAAAGAUACGUUAUAUACAGAGCAUCUGACUCCUACUUCUAGACAGAGUACAGAGAGAAAACUUUAACAUUUAUUCCACCAACAAUUUUCUUGUUUUUACCAAUAAUAUAUAUAUAUAUAUAUAUAUAUUUGAAAGAAGGUGUAUAGAUUUCAUAAAAUAUACAACUUUACUAAAACUAUACAUAUUCAAUAUACAACACCCUAUUGAUUAACUGUCCUUCUAUGGUCACUCUUUCCUGAACAGUAGCAUGAGAAGUUGCAUCACGUCUUGAACAGAAGGUUGUGUUUUCGUUUCCGCUUGUUUUCUUGCGGUCUUCCGUCAUGCUGAAGGGUAUCCCACACAGUGAGGGGUGUGAAACCACAGUUGACCCCAGUUUAAACCCAGUGACCUCAACACAUACUCAGAUGUAGACAUACACAGAUAGAGUCUUAAUUAUCAGCCUGUUGCAGAAUAACUUUCCUGCAACUUUCCUGCACUUGUAGUGCUUGUAGGCUUCUGAAGUUUGUAAUUUACACUUUGAAAUGUCAGACUUGAUUUUGUAUCAACCCCUACAAAAAAUGUCCAUUAAUUAUAAUAUAAUAAUAAUUCACAUUUCCUGUUGCUGCAGGAUUAUUUUCCUGCUAUAGCAAACUGGCUCAAAUGAAGAUCUUACAUCUAUAUAUACUGUACACACAUGAACAUUCACCUGGUCAAACAAAUAACACACUUAGAUUCACACACAGACACAGACACAAUCCUCAUCCAACCUAAGACCAGUAGCAUCAUUAUCUACAUCUCAGACCAUGGUUUGGGUUAUAGAACGAGAUGUCUUAAGAAAUCAACAAUUGUAAUGUGAAUAGCUUCUCUCAAUGGUUAGAGACAGUGAGUGUCAUCCAUACACACAACAACACAACGGGAGAACAACAGUGGUGCGUUUAAGAGGGAGCAACAUUCUGAAUACCGCAGAUUUAUUUGAUUUGAUUUAUUUGACCUUUAUUUAUACAGGUUUUUUCUCCUUGAGAUAACAUCUCUUUUCCAAGAGAGACCUGGUCCAAUAGCAGCAAAUAGACCUGACAUGGUACAACAGUCAUGGACGUCUUAUAAAGAACAAACAUGAUUCGCUAUUAUACAAGUUGAUUUUUUGCUUUUGUAGGUAAAGAAUAUGUAGUAUAGGUUUCUCAACAGUGAAGCAUGUCUGUUCUCUAUAAUACAUGACUAUCUACAUUGAUGUUUAACAUUGGACUCCCCUGAACAUGACCCAGGUGGGCUCGACUACCACUAAAACCUUAACUAGUCAACAGUAGCACUGAAACCUUUAUGCUCAGUUAAGAUCCUUGGCAAUCUAUCUCUGUGAAACGUUCCUUUGUAUCCAUUUAACAGGUGGUAAAUUCAACGUUGUGUGAAGGUUGUAGGGAUAACGCUCACUGUCUCACAUUGGACCUCACAGACGAUCUCACUCCUGAUUCUGGACAACAUGCGGGGUGUUCUAAAUGACACCCUUAUCCCUAUAGUGCCCUCCAUUUUACAUUUUGUGGCACUAUUUAAGGAAAAGGAUAUAUUUUGGGCCACUACCAUACCGUCUGACUCAUUUAGGCUUUUGUGUGGGGUUGAUUGUUGGUUUGUGUUUAUUUGUUAUGUCCCCCCCUGCAUAAUGUAGGGAUUGAUUUGUGUUUAUUUGUUAUACCCCCACCCCCUCCAUAAUGUAAGAGUUGAUUGUUGGUUUGUGUUUAUUUGUUAUGCCCCCACCCCCUCCA